UGCAGGGCCGGAUAUCGUGAUGAUCGCUGCUGUCUCGGCUGUUGUUGUGCUUCUUGUUGUGAUCGCAGUCUUCACUGUCGUGUGGCUGAAGAAGAGAAAGUCGCGCAAGGUCGCUGCAGGAGCGUUCCCUGAUAUCUCUGUGGAGAAACACGAACUUCAAGAAAGGGCCUUUACCAACAAAGGGGCUUUACCGACAGUUCACGAGAUGAAAGACCUUGAAGCCAGUUUGGGCAAGAGCAACGCUGCCUUUACGAUGCAGGAGACCAAGUUUGACAAGACAGACAUCCAGUCCCGUCCGGUGUCCCGAUCCUCAGUCUCCCCUCGCUCCGUCUCUCCACCGGGAUACGUGUGUGAAGAAGAGAAUGGCAUCCCUGAGCCCAGGAACGUGACGGUCAAGCUGCUGGACAGGCUGUACCGUCACGGGGAGAUCCAGACAACCUGGCUGGACAUGAAGAAGCCUCUGAGUCAGGUUCGUGAGGAUCUGGUGGCCGCCUUCCCUGCUAACCUGGGUUGGCAGGACUUUGUGUUCCUGACUCCCGGGCUGACUCACGUCUCCGUGGGUACUGAGAAUAAGCAACGUCUGAAGGACAUUGUUGAAGUCGGAGAGGAUGUUCUUACCGUUCACAUGGUGUGAGACCAGACUGUCGAGCGGAACAGGGACUGGAAUUUGCAUCCAUUUUUAUUUGCGGUGUGACUGAUUUGUGAUGAUUGCUGAAACAGAAUUUAGAGAAACAACAUACGAGAGGCCUGUUUUCGUUCUUAAAGCAGACUAAUAUAGCAUAGUGACGAUUUUUAACGAUAAUUUCGUACACAAAGAAAAGUUCGAAUUCUUGGCGUAAUACCAACAAGCUUGUGGUCAGUCAACUGACCAUUCUAAAGUUGACACGACCCGAAGGCUAUGCACAUGUGUCCUGAAGUGUGACGUCAGCAACGGGUCAAAGGUGCCGGAAAAUCAGUAUCGGCCCCCGUCUCGGCUGAAGGAUACAGGCCGAUUAUUAAAUAUUGACAGAUAUGUGUAUCAGCCAAAGUUAUAUGAAUCUUUAAUGAAAACAGAUACGCCAUACUGACUUGCUUUGAAUCAUUUUUACAAUAAAACAACAAUUACCUACAAAUCAAAAAUGCCUCAUUUUGUUUAUU